AUGAAAACACUAGCAGAAAGAAGGAGGAGUGCUCCGUCUCUUAUCCUGGAUAAAGCCCUCCAAAAACAGCCUAGUACUAGGGAAAGCCCUUCUGCUGGUGUUGACACCUGUGCGUUCCUGUCAUCAUUUGUGUGCCCCAGUCGCACGCUGCUGAUUGAUGGCCGGGUAGAACUCAAAAGAGGCCUGCAGAGGCAGGAGCGGCAUCUCUUCCUGUUCAGUGACCUGCUUGUUGUAGUCAAAAUCAAGUACAACAAUAACUUUAAGAUAAAAAAUAAAAUAAAAUUAACUGAUAUGUGGACAGCCAGCUGUGUGGAUGAAGUGGGAGAAGUCAACACCAAUGCUAUGAAAUCCUUUGUCUUGGGCUGGCCCACAGUGAACUUCGUGGCCACAUUCAGUUCUCCAGAACAGAAGGACAAAUGGCUCUUUCUCCUUCAGAGAUACAUCAAUCUAGAGAAAGAGAAGGACCACCCGAAGAGCAUUCCCCUCAAAAUCUUCGCCAAGGACAUUGGGAAUUGUGCCUAUUCUAAAACUAUAACAGUAAUGAAUUCAGAUACAGCAAGUGAAGUUAUCACCAUGUCAUUACGAAUGCUAGGAAUAACUGGUUCUGAGAGAGAUUACCAGUUAUGGGUCAAUUCUGGAAAAGAAGCAGCACCAUACCCACUCAUUGGGCAUGAAUUUCCCUAUGGAAUUAAAAUGAACCACCUUCGAGACACCGCACUUCUGGCACAGGGAUCGAAGGACUCUGCCGCCCUUUCCAGCCUUCAAGAGCCCUUCCUCAUGGAACAGCUGCCCCGAGAGAUGCAGUGCCAGUUCAUCCUCAAGCCCAGCCGCCUGGCGGCCACCCAGCAUCUGAGUGAUUCAGGUCAGAAGACAGUCAGGAGGAGAAGAUCUAUCAUAAACUGGGCCUUCUGGCGGGGUUCUAGCACUCACCUGGACAACUUGCCCGUGUCGCCAACGUCUCCUAUACCGGGCCAGCUCUUCGGAGUUUCUCUGCAAGAUAUUUGUGAAAAUGACAAUCUGCCAAAGUCUGUCUUGGAUAUGCUUUUCUUUCUUAAUCGAAAAGGCCCCCUUACAAGGGGCAUCUUCAGACAGUCAGCCAAUGUGAAAUCCUGCAGAGAGCUAAAAGAGAAACUGAAUUCUGGAGUCGAAGUACACCUAGACUGUGAAUCCAUUUUUGUGAUAGCGUCUGUCUUAAAGGACUUUCUACGAAAUAUUCCUGGAAGUAUUUUUCUGUCAGAUAUCUAUGAUCACUGGGUCUGUGUAAUGGAUCAAGGAAAUGACGAAGAGAAAAUAAAUACAAUUCGAAGACUAUUGGACCAGCUUCCGAGAGCCAAUGUCAUUCUCCUACGAUACCUGUUUGGGGUAUUAUAUAACAUUGAGAAAAAUUCCUCAACCAAUCAGAUGAAUGCAUUUAAUUUGGCGGUGUGUGUCACUCCAAGCCUCAUUUGGCCUCCUACUCCCUCCAGCCCAGAACUAGAACAUGAAUUCACAAAGAAGGUUUCCCUGCUUAUACAAUUUCUGAUUGAAAAUUGCUGUAGGAUAUUUGGACAUGAAAUCACUUCACUCUUUGGAGAGGUUUCAGUGAGAUGUGACGCUAAAGAGAAUUCCUCAGACACCUCUUGUGUCCAGCUGAAUGAUUCCUCCUAUGACAGCUUGGAAAAUGAGCUAAAUGAGGAUGUCGAUGCUCCAUGUAGUGACUUGGUAAAGAAACUUGGCCAAGGUAGCAGAAGCAUGGACUCGGUCUUAACCCUCAGUGACUAUGACAUCGACCAGCCUGAGGUGGAAGGUCUUUUAACCCUGAAUGAUUUUGACUUAGACUGCUGUAAAGAUCAAGACAUUCAAAUGAAAUGGUCUCCUGGGUCCAAGCAGGUAAAUGUGCUAGUAAUGAACAGAAAUGCCUCACUGGUGGAGCAUGCUGGGGCCUCGUCCGGCACGUGUACACCCAGCUAUCUGUCCACAGCUGCAGCACACGCCCCAAAAAGCCUGCGGCGACACAGGCGCUGCUCAGAGCCCAGUAUUGACCACCAGGAUUCUAAGGUUUCCUAUCUCAAGGAGUUUCACCAGAAAAAGCUCCGCAAGUCCAGUUGUGAUGCAAUCCUUUCCCAAAAAGAUGAAGAUGACCUGAAACAAACUCAGCCUCUCCCAGAAGAGGGUAAGACAUCUUCAGAACAGAGUUUAGUCACAGAUACUGAUCCCAGCAGGAAAAACGCCACUAGUAAAAACAUUAAGAAGAAAAGCUUGUCAGGUAAUGAAGGAAAUCAUGUGAAACUUUUCAUUAAGUCCAAGCCAGUGGCCAUUUCUGUGGCUUCUCAUAGUCAUAUGUCCCGCCAGGAUCAUUCCAGGAACCAACAUUUUGAUGCAAAUACAUCUGGAUACUCCCCACCGCACACAGCAGGUCCACUCAAGAGUUCAAGGACACAUCGGCGCUGUUCAGAGCCCAACAUAGAUGAGCAGAGCUGCAGACUGACCUAUCUCAGGGGGAUUUACUCAAAGAAACAACAUAAAAUCAGCUGUGAAGGUGGUCUCUUGCAGGGAGAGGAGGAUUAUCUCAAACGGCAUAAGUCUUUGCAGAUGGAAGGGCAAAAACUGAUUAAUCAGAGUCUGGUCUUGGGAAUUGAGGUGGGCAGAAGCAGUGCCACCCACCAAAGCACUGACAAGGUUUUACCCCCAAGACUAAACCUGUGUCCUAGCACCAGCUCUUCCAGCUUGUCUUCCCCAGGCACUUCCCCAUCGGGCUCAUCUGUGAGCUCGCAGGAUAGUGCCUUUUCGCAGAUUUCAGAACACUCUGUGUUUACGCCCACAGAAACUUCUUCUCCAAUAGAUUGCACUUUUCAGACUCAGAAGAAACAGGAAAACCCUUCUUCUGAUGUUAAUACUUGCAGCCUUGCUUCUCAAAUGCCUGGUCCCUCAGUAGGGCAGGCCAGUGGGCAUCUGGCUUAUGCAAAAAAAGACACUGUAGAGUGGCAUUCACAAAUGCAUUCUGUAACUCUUCACCCAAGCACAUGGUUGAAAAACAGUGUGGCCAGUUUGAAAAACUGGUCCCUCAAGAGAAAAGCAAAAGUAGCCAGACCAGAGGAAAAGAAAAUAAAUCCCCUAAAAGGACCUUUGGAGUCACCUCCACAUGCUUCUGAUGUUCCAGAAACCGGUUCGCUGCAAGAGAUUCAGAAAGACCUACCUGUAAGGGCGGCUGAAGGACUUGGAGCCUUGCAGACAGCCCAGCCAUGCAGUUCUGGUUCCUGUCAGGACUCAGAGAAACACUGUAGCUCUCCAUUCAGCCUAGUGGAGAGCAGACUCAAAUUUUGCGUGAAGUCCUACAAGGGAGAAGAGGCUGAAGGGCAGUGCUGUUCUGGUCCUUUGCCUUGGGAAGAAGCCUCAUCUAGCUCUGGGACUAUAAGUGAUGUGGCCAGCCCAGAUACAGGGCCCACACUGGUUUCUGAUGGUGGGGAUAAACAUGUAACCAAAGACAUUUAACCACAGUAAGAAUCUACUGUCUGCAACAAUGGGAACUGGGCUGAUAACACAAAAUAAUUAUGACCCUUUUUAAAAUAAGAUACUUGGGAGAGGUAGCCUAAGGAUAAUCUUGCUAAUACUUAGGACAAAAACAUUUUCCUUACCGAGACUACUUGAUAAAGACUUUAGGUGAAAAAAACAUCACCUAAGUUUAGGUAGGAAGUUUUUAUUUACUAGAGCAUGGGAUUGGUACUGCCCUGAGAUUUUAGAGAUACUAGCAGAGGACUGCAGAAAGCAUCUUCCAUUGAAGAGGCCUGCCUUUGUCAACUGUCAGUGACGUCAGGGUCCUGAGAAGCCAGUGUAUCAGAAAUGAAGAAUCAGGGACAGAAAGAGGGGGCACUACACAAAACCACCCACCUUUAUUUCAUGGAAUGCUUUCAGUAAUUAGGUGAGAAAAAUGCCACUUAAAUAUUCUUAAAAUAUUCUUAAAUAUUUUUAUUAAAUGAUAAUCAUGUAAAACCUUUUCCUGAAUCCAAGCCAACUGUCAUUUCUGUGACAUCUAAUCACGUCUUUCCAGGGUCAUUCUAGGAACCUAGCACAUUAAUGUAGCUGAAGUGGAGAAAAUGAGUGAUUCAAAAAUACCACGGUGUACUGAUGCACCUGUAAGAUGAGAGAUAAGUUCACAGAUACAAAAUAAACUAAUGGAAUCUAAACCAUCUAUCAAUUGAGUCAUUUGGGAUAAAAACACAGAAAAAUUUUCUGGAAGAAAACCCAAAACCAGUGACCAGUGAUUUCAUGUCAGGGUACCAUGACAUCGUAGUGCUUUUGUUGGUUGUGUUGCUUGAUGUUUUUUUCCCUUAGUAUUACUUUACAAAGGCUCCAAGAAACAACUGUCAUAAGAGACAAGGCAGUGUGUAUUCCAGUUGCCUUUUCAAAGGUUUCUAUGCUAGGAAUAUGCUUUAGAAAUGCAGCUUUUCCUAUUUAGAAGUGAUGCAUUUCCAACAGCAUAUGCUGUCAUAGUGUGGAGGAGAAAAUUCCAAUAGCUCCACUCUCAGUUGCAUGAAUAGUGUUAUCAACACAUAACCAAAGCAUGCCAUCUCUUUGCUGAAAUAGUUCUCUGUAGCCCUGCCUCAGAUUACAGUGGUGGUUACAUUUUAAAACUCAUUACAGUAAAUGACUCAUUUAUCCCCCUCAAAAUAGUCCCAUUCACUUUUAACACUUAUU